CGGCGUUAAGCUUUCCCAUCGAACGGUCGCGCGUGUGUGUGUGUGUGUCUGUUCCAGCCAGACAGCCAGCCAGCCCAGCCUGCUAGCUAGUUAAACACUAGUUAGUUUCGCCGCGUUACGCAGCUGUGACAGUCAACAAAAGCGCUGCAUAAAAUCUGACUAUAAAGAUUUGAUUAUUGUUGUCGUUAUUUGUUGGCCGUUGAUCGUUCAAAUCACGCGACGCCCGCACACUUAACGCCGCCACCGCCGCCGCCCACCCCAAGUGUUGAUCCUCACAGCCGCCUUCGCUCUGUGUUAGUCAAGAGCGAAUCAAGCAUUAGAGAUCAGCCAUGGAGCGCUUGAACUUGUUCGCUUUACUGGCCCUGUUGCUAUGCCUGUGUGCUGCAGAUAAACCUGGCGCAUACUGUCCCGAGGACUGCAGCUGUUCCCUGUCGCAGCACACACACAAGCCUCUGCUGCACGCCAAGUGCAAUAGUACGAAUGGCUUGAAGUUGACGGACAAGCCGCUGCCUGCUACAACACCCAUACAUUCCAUUGAUCUGUCCUAUUUGGGUUUGACGCGUAUGGGUCAUGUGCUGGAUGGGCUGACCAAUUUGACCUCGGCGGAUUUGUCGCACAACGAGCUGCAUGACCUGGGCCAUCUGAGUCGUCGCAUCAAGAAGCUGAACCUCAAGCACAAUCGCUUGACAUCGGCCAAGCUGUUGAAGCUGCCGCAGCAGCUGCAGGUGCUCAACUUGCAGCAUAAUGACAUCACAACGCUGCCCAUCGAGUUGACACACUUGCAACAUCUGCAGCAGCUGGAAUUGGGACACAAUAAUAUCAAUUGCUCAUGCCGCACCCUGGAGGUGCGCAAUUGGCUGCAGGAGCGUCAUGUGUAUAUGGAGAAGCCGGUCAUCUGUAGCUUGCCAGCGGAGGCGCAUGGCAAAUCCUGGCUGCAACUGAAGCAAUCGGACAUUUGCGAAAAGGAGCAACGCGGCUGGUAUGCCACGGAUGUCGAUGAGAACGAACUGAUGAUGGGCGAUCAGCCACUGCCCGAUUCCAAUGAAAAGGACGAAGAGGAACAGGAACUGGGCAAAGACUAUCUGGUCAUCGAUGGUAAGAAAGCGGUGAAGACACCAGAGCCGCCACCGGUUGUGGAGAGCGAUGUUGAGGGUUCUGGCGAUUUGACUGAAAUGAAUAUGGAACUGGUUGCCGCUCAACAGGCUUCGGAGCAGGUGCCCGUUGUGGCCGAAGAGCCGAAGACACAGGAAUUGGUGGGUCUGCCACAGCACGACGAAUCAGAAAACGAAGAAGAUGAGGAUGGUUCCGGCAGCGGCGGCGGUAUGUUGAUUAUACCACACAUUGUCUCGACACACGUCCAUACAGAUGACUUUGAGCCGCCAGCCUCCUCCGAAUCGGAGCAUGAAGACAACGACGACAAUUACGACAAUAAGCCAGUGGAGCAGCCGGCUCAGCCGUCGCCUGAUAUUUUCCAGAACAUUGGCAUCUUCGAGGAUGCUAACAAGGGACAACCGGACGAGGUUAGCGAGGAGACAAUUGUGCCUGUGGUGCAGACUAAGCUCGAUACAGGAGCACCAGGCGAUGUGGUCACAGACGGUCCCAUUGACACGGAUAAGACCUCGGACGACAUACUCUCUGCCAAGAUCGGUAAGAAGGAUGACAACAAUGCCAUUUACUUCCUGCUGGGCGUUAUUGCUCUCAUUGUGCUGGGACUCAUACUCUUCGUGGCCAUCAAGCGCUGCAAGUACAACAGCAAUGCGGCGGCACGCGAUGCCGAGGCACAGCGUCAGACCGAGCUGCUGGACAUGGAUAAGAAGAAUUUGGGCAAGCCCCUGGCACGCAACGGUCACGAGCAUUCGCCGUUGAUUGGUGAGAAGACCAAGCUGGAUGAUGCACAGAUUGUGAAUGGAUCAGGCAAAAAGCCGUACGAUAGCAAAGAUGGAGCUGGACAACAGCCGCUGCUCAAUGGCAAUGGCACAGCCAAUGGCGAUGCCAAGGAGGUGCCAACCAUCAACGAGCCCGUUGGUGCAGAUGCAGCACCACAUGAAUACUAUCCAAUUACACCACGUUAUCCCACACCACAAUCUCCGCGUGCCUCCAAAUACGCGCAGCAUCCACCACAGGGCGAUUCCAAUGAGCAGAACAACAACAAUAACAACAAUGAGCCGGAUGGUUCCUAUUUGCCUUCCUCGCCAAAAUCGGGCCGCUACUCGCCCGUCUAUUCACCGGAGACUGGACGUGUCAAGAUCAAGCUAACGGAGACGCCCAAGCCGAAGACUCCGAUGCUGGUCACGCGCAGCAAAUCCAAUGCUGGCGAUAUUAUCACAACGCCCGUUCAGGGUGGCGGCUAUUUGGAGCCGACGCAUCAGGUCAAUGGCAUUGCCUCACACUGAGUUAGGCACGCCCCAGACAAAAAACCCCUCUCCACCCUCCAUUCUCUUUCCCAUCAGCUGACAGCCAUGUGUCAGGCGUGAAACGUGACAGACAAGUGCCAAGCGAUAACACCAACAGCAGCCAAGAAGAAGAAGAAGAAGAAGUAGAAGAUGAACGUGCGACAACAACAUUAGCAUUAAGCUAAGCUUAAAGUGUGGCAAUCGAUAAUCGAUAAAUGAUGAUCAUUAAAUAAUUAUCCAUAAUUUGAAAGUAAAUUUCGAUAAUUAUUAUCGAUUAUAGAUAGUCGGACAGCAGUAAAUGGUAAUCGGUAAGCGAUAAUCGAUAAUCAAUUAUUUAUGACUUGUAAACAAUUAUCGAUAAUUGCUAAUUGAUUAAGCCAGCAAUCGAGAAUCUAUACAAGAUUUUCGGUAAUCGAUUAUCCAUAAUAUGUAAACAUUUAUACGUAAUUGAUUUGAGUAAUCGAUGAUCGAUAAACGAUAGCGAUAACGGUGCUUUGCAUAACAAGAGCAAAAAACAAAACAAAUUUUGAGAAAACAGCAACAACAAAAACAACUAUUCGUUUUAAGCUCCCGCUUCCCCCUCUUAAAUAUAUUGUAACCAUUUUGUAGUUUUAGCAUUAAGUAAAUUAAUUAUACUUAAGCAUAAAUCUAGUUUAAUACCAAAGUUAAAAAAUAUCUUAAAUGUAAAUUUCCAGCUGCGCGAGAAGAAACAAAAAAAAACUAAAUAAAAAAAAUAAAAAUUUAAAAUUUUUUGGGCUGAUGACACUUUACAACACUAUUUUUUUCUACUGGCAAACUGCAUGUGCAUGUGCAUGUGAUGUGCACACACACACACACACUACUUAC